AAAUUUCCAUCUUUGAAACAGGGAUGGAAUCCAGGGUUUUGACACACUGAUGCAUGAACUCCUUUUCCAUGUGAGAUUACAUUCGAUCGACUGUUCAGCUGCUGGAAGUUUGCCAUCCAUACUUUGGUGUUCUUCAUAUUAACCAAGAUGGCACAUCAUCAACAUGUCACCGAGCCAACAGCUCUUUUCCCUCAUCUUGAAUCAAAUGAUCUUCACACUGUCAAGGAGUUCAAGUCUUUGAUUCAGGAUAACUUGACAUCAGCUCGGGAACCUUCAUUCUUGAAUGCUCUUGUAGACUUCUACAUCCAGACCAACUCUUCCCAAGCCCAGGAUGUCCUGUCAGGACUCCGUGAACCUCUAGAUAAGCCUUUGAUGGACAAGCUUAAUGAGUGCAUGAAGUACCGUCAUAGCCGUCUUCCUGCUCUGAACCUCAUCAGUCACAUUGUGAGACACCAGCCCACCUGGCUUCAUAAGAUUGUCCAGGCCCCUCUCUUUACUUCUAUGAUUCAAUGUCUCAAGGUUGAUACUGAUAUCCCGGUACUGAUGUGUGGUAUUUUGGCCAUUACCACUCUCCUUCCCAUGAUCCCUAGUAAGGUUGGGCCAUUCCUCCAUGACAUCUGUGAAAUCUUUGCACGUCUUGCCUCUUGGAGUGUACACAAACCAGGUGAAGUGCAUGAUGUUCACCAGCUCCAUCUACAAGCAGCUGUGUAUGCCCUCUUCCAUAGACUCUAUGGAAUGUACCCUUGGAACUUCCUGGAGUUCCUCCAAAGUCACUUUGCCAACCGGGAGAAGGAGUUUGAGGUGGCUAUCUUGCCUAUGUUGGAGAGAGUGAGAAUGCAUCCUCAGUUGAUUGUAGGUCAGAAAGCCAAGGAAACCGACUUAGCGAGGUGGAGGAAAAUGGAGGUCCAUGACAUCCUGAUGGAGUGCGCCCGGGUGUGUCUGGAUACCACCGAAUCAACGCGUGACGAUCGGUCCACCUGUGGUCUUUCACUGUCUGAGUCUGGGUCAGGCAUGGCAUACAACGUUGCAACGAGGAGCAAUGUUUCCUCCUCUUGCAAGACAUCGUCCCCUGGAAUGAUACCUCCUUCCAGUGAUGCCCAGAUCCUUCCAGCCAGCAAACAAACUACUCCUUCCAACCUCAACAAAAAACCUGACGUAACCUCUAAUCUCAUCUCAUCGCAAGCCAUCCUCUCUGCCAUGUGGAGUCCUGCAGUAGAUUGCGGCCUCACAACUCCGCCCACGUCCCAUCCCCCCUCACCAGGGGGUAGCAUGAUGGACCUCAGUCUCACCUCUUCCCUCCAGAUGGGGUACGGGGACCCUUCUAGUUCCCUCACCACACCCAGAGACUCGCCCCACUCCACUCUAGGAGAGGAACAGCCCUACCGUGUCCUCAACAUCAGUGAAGGCAGCACGCCUAACAAGUCGGGCCGGAAAUCGAGGGGAAAGGGCCCCGGGGCGUUGCCACGUUAUCCUCCCAACAUCCUCCAGCGUACCACCUCUGCUCCGUCCACUCCAGGGUACGAUGCCAACUCACAAUGGCUUCCAGCAUCCCCCAUCCGCAAGUACAGUGCGGAUCGGACAAUCUUCAAUUUCGGCAACAGGUCUUCAGCACAGCACCAAGCAUCAAAACCUGCAGACGGCGGUGGCAAGACGUCUGCGCCAAGAUCAAGGCAGUCGUCUGGGAAGGGAUCGGGGAUAGAGGAAUCGGUGCUGGAGGAUUCCAUCGAGGAAGAGAAGGGUGGCCAAAUCAAAUGCCCAAAACCAAGACAGGAGGAUGACCCUGAUGAUCAAGAAUCUUCUGUUUCUCUCAAAGAUCUUCCAAGUUUAAUAAGACACCUCUCUGAUAGCCAUCUAAGAUCAGAUGAUGCUACGAAUGCUGAGGUGUCUUCCAUCGUUAAUAGUCCCCAGCGAAAUGUUGGGGAAUUCAUGUCAAAGAUCAUGGCCGGGCUGCAUCAUCACAAGGAGGGUACAGAUGAUUCAGGCCACCUUGUCUUGAACAGCACGCCAAAGUACGAAGUAGAGAAACAAAGUGAACAAGUGGUCCGUGGCACUGCAGAGGGUGCUGAUGAUGUCACUAUGUCAGUGGAAGGAUCUUGUGCAGAUAUCAAGGGAAGGGAUAUAGGGAACAGUGUGAGAGCAGAAGAAACAGGAAUUGCUGGUGUGGACAGCACAUCAAGUUCUGGUGAGGCUGAUGCAGCAUUGCAUGAACUGCACCUUGAGGAAUCCAGUCCUUGCCAGAAGGAAUUCCAGAAGGUCAGCCAUAAUCUCUUUGGGGCUGGAACAGCCAAUGGAACUGUCCAUGAAGAAGAUAGUAAGAGGAGAGAGGUCAAUGAAGAGGGGAAGAUGGUGGAAGACUGUGAGCUCGGGGACAAAAUCACAGAAAGUGCCCUUUCAAGACAGCACAGAGGCAAUCAGGGUUUUACGCCAAUACGUGAUUGCUCUGUGGACAGCUUGGAAUCGCCGUACCCAGCAGAAAUGAGCACUGCAUCCCAGCAUGCAUAUGCUUCAAUCAACAGCAUGCUUCGGCAAGCCUUGCCAUAUUACAUGUGCACUCCAACAAUGGGUACUCCUGCACCCUCCUCCCAGGAUAGAGGGGAUGAGAUCUCACUCGCUUCCUCGGAUUUUAGCCGAAGUGGUCCCCUUCAUGCUGUGUUUUCACCUGCAGAAAUGUUGGAUAGACAUAUCAAUAUGAGUGAUGAUGUUCAUGAUAAAGAAUUGAGUCGGUUACCCCUGACUAGCCAGAAGUCUGUCAACUGGACCCACUAUGGUGGUUCUCCUCCUGCUGAUGAGAUCAAUCUACUGAAAGGCCAACUCCAACUCCUUCAUAACCAGCUCCUCUAUGAAAGGCAUAAGAGAGAGGUCCAUGCAGGCAGGAAUAGAAGACUUCUUGGCAAAACACACAAGGCUAAAGCUUAUGAGGAGUUGAACAGCGCAAUGAAAGACCAACUACGUCUGCAGGAGAACGAGAUAGCAAGGUUAAGUGCUGAGGUCAACCAGGUCAGACUAGAAAAUAGACAACUCACCAUGGAAUGCCAUCACAAGGAUAAAAAUUUCCAACAGGCAGUUCAAAAAUUGGAGGCUGAGAAAGUGCACUUGACAGAAUGCAAAGAAGAACUGAACAAGCUUCUUGUCACACAUAGACUAGAGGUUGAUAAAGUGAAAAAGGACCUCAAGGUUUCAAAUUCAUCGUUAUUUGACAUAGAACAAGAAUUGGCCAGUACUAGAGCUGAUAUAGCUACCAAUAAACACUUGAAAGAUGAGAUCAAACGUCUGAAUAAGGAGAUACUCCUGUUGGGAGAGACUAAUACUAAGUACAAGGAAAAGAUAGAAGAGAGUAAACUAAGCAAGGCACUGGUAGAGGAAGAGGACAAGAGAAGGGAGUGUCUCAAGAAAGAAUUAGCUGACUGUCAUGAUGCUGCGAGACAGAAGAGCAUACAGCUUGAAGCGGCCAAAGCUAGGAUCAUUGAGAUAGACGCCCUCCUCAUUCAAAGGGACCGAUCAAUAGCAGAGCAGAAGAGAUACCUUGAGAGUGUGAAGAGUUUAUCAAAUGGAAAGAUUGAGGCAAUGGAAGCAAAAUACAAUUCCUUGAAGAAAGUUACACAGCGUCUAGAAGGGGAGCUUCUUAAACCCAACAAACACCGCAGUGAACAGUGCAACUCCCGUCACCGUGACCACGCCCAACAUCGUUCCAACCCAGAUGGAGCUCAGCUGGAAGACUCCACCUCCAGUUCCGGGAUUUCCCGCAGUAGAUCCAACAGUCCGCAGAAGAUGUUCAAUCGCAGCGGCAGCACAGGAUCUCAGAAGAGUAGACCCGAUCCUGCCGAGAGGAGAACCCCAUUAGGAGAUGAGGGGGAAGCUGCAGCAUUUGCAAAUGUAAGGACAUCGCGUAAGACUUCCACUCCCACUCCUAAGCAGGUUCAACAAGCAACGCAGGAAGGGUCAAAGACACCUAGUCCCUGUGCAGGAGAGCUCUUGACACAACCAUUGGUAAAGUCGCGAUCGAAGGAAGGUCCUGUUAAUGGGAAAACGAACAAGAUGCAGAGUUCUGCCAUUCGAUUCAGUGAAGCUUCUCCUUUUCAGCGGGUGCACUCCGUGUCCAGUGCCCCUUCAAACUUAGCUCCCAAUGCUCCGCAAGGGAAUGCAUCUCAUGAGAGAUCCCUCAAGGACAGGGCAUCGGCUGUAGCCUCCAACAGUUGUCAUUCCUGUCCUGAAUUCGACAAACUAUCGCAGCAUCCUGCUGGCAGUUUGACUGGUAGCCCCCGUGGACUGUCUUCAAAGGGAAGUGAGGAUAACAAUGGGAGCCCUUCAAAUCAAGAAGAGAGGAAAGCUAUUUCAGAGAGAACUGCCAUUGUUGAUGAUAUCGGGUGUGGAGUUGGUAGCCAGGGUAUAGCGUCACACUUGGAAUUGGAUGCAAGUGUGGAAGAGCAUGGAUUAUCUCAUUGGUGACAGAAUCAACAGAAUUAAUGUGAUUGACUUUGUGAUGCAAAAGCAACUCUAUCUGAAUGAAAUGUGCCACUGGAGUGAUGAUCACAUCACCAUGUGGGUGAAGUUUUCUAUCUGCUAUAAAAA